GUCCCGGAAGUCGCUCCUGCCUGUCAGAAGGCGGUGUUCUCUCUGCAGCAGGGAAGCCCGGAAUCCCGCUCGCCGGCGGAGUGGAGCAGGGAGGGCCGGGUCGGGACUGGGGGGCGGGCUGCAGGCCUGGGGCGAGGGUGUCCCGAGGCUGCCGCUGUCUGGCCGGGAGGUGGCCAUUCAUUCCUCGAGCGCAGCUGAAGAGUGAGGGCCCCUUCCGUGCCCAGCCCUGAAGGAGCCACCCUGCGCUGACCCGGGGCUGUGCCGGCCUUCUGAGAGCGGAGGGCGACCCUCUUCGGACACCCCGCGGCCAUGGCUUUCCCCCACCGGCCGGACGCCCCAGAGCUGCCUGACUUCUCCAUGCUCAAGAGGCUGGCCCGAGACCAGCUCAUCUAUCUGCUGGAGCAGCUUCCAGGAAAAAAGGACUUGUUCAUUGAGGCCGAUCUCAUGAGCCCUUUGGAUCGAAUCGCCAGCGUCUCCAUCCUAAAGCAACACGAAGUAGACAAGCUGUACAAGGUGGAGAACAAGCCAGUCCUGAGCUCCAGUGAACAAUUGUGUUUCUUGGUCAGACCCCGCAUCAAGAACAUGCGAUACAUAGCCAAUCUCGUCAAUGCUGACAAGUUGGCCGGCCGAACGCGAAAAUACAAAGUGAUCUUCAGCCCUCAGAAGUUUUAUGCCUGUGAGAUGGUGCUUGAGGAAGAGGGGAUCUAUGGAGAUGUGAGCUGCGACGAAUGGGCCUUCUCUUUGCUGCCUCUCGAUGUGGAUCUGCUGAGCAUGGAGCUACCUGAAUUUUUCAGGGACUACUUCCUGGAAGGAGACCAGCGUUGGAUCAACACUGUGGCCCAGGCCUUGCACCUCCUCAGCACUCUCUAUGGCCCCUUUCCGAACUGCUAUGGGAUUGGCAGGUGCGCCAAGAUGUCACAUGAAUUGUGGAGGAACCUGGAGGAGGAGGAGGACAGUGAAACCAAAGGCCGGAAGCCAGAAAUUGGCCACAUCUUCCUCCUGGACAGAGACGUGGACUUUGUGACGGCACUGUGCUCCCAGGUGGUUUACGAGGGCCUGGUGGACGACACGUUCCGCAUCAAGUGUGGGAGCGUCGACUUUGGCCCUGAAGUCACAUCCUCUGACAAGAGCCUGAAGGUGCUGCUCAACGCCGAGGACAAGGUGUUUCAUGAGAUUCGGAACGAGCACUUCUCCAACGUCUUUGGCUUCCUGAGCCAGAAGGCCCGGAACCUGCAGGCCCAGUAUGACCGCCGCCGAGGCAUGGACAUCAAGCAGAUGAAGAACUUCGUGUCCCAGGAGCUGAAGGGCCUGAAGCAGGAGCACCGCCUGCUGAGUCUGCACAUCGGGGCCUGUGAGUCCAUCAUGAAGAAGAAGACCAAGCAGGACUUCCAGGAGCUCAUCAAGACCGAGCAUGCGCUGCUGGAGGGCUUCAGCAUCCGGGACAGCACCAGCUACAUCGAGGAGCACAUCGACCGGCAGGUGUCGCCUAUAGAAAGCCUUCGCCUCAUGUGCCUCUUGUCAAUCACCGAGAAUGGUUUGAUCCCCAAGGAUUACCGAUCCCUGAAAACACAGUAUCUACAGGUAAGGCCAGAAGAAUGUAUUUUUAAAUGUGUUGAUUUUAGCAAGAGAGGAGUGGGGGAGCGGCCAGCACAGAUUUCUUCCCCAGGAAAGAUCACUGAUGCCUUCAGCUCUCUGGCCAAGAGGAGCAAUUUUCGUGCCAUCAGCAAGAAGCUGAAUUUGAAAAAAAAAAAAAAAAGAGCCGCGUCUGGUCUGCUCUCCACAGGCGGGACCAAGGACGACAAGGCUCCCAGCGAGUCCCUGCGCCUCAUCCUGGUCGUGUUCCUGGGGGGCUGCACCUUCUCCGAGAUCUCAGCCCUGCGGUUCCUGGGCAGAGAGAAAGGGUUCAGGUUCAUUUUCCUGACGACAGCAGUCACCAACAGCGCUCGCCUCAUGGAGGCCAUGAGCGAGGUGAAAGCCUGAAGCUGCCCUGGACGCGCUCCCCAGGGGCUGCAGGAGGGGGCGCAGCCGCCGACUCCACGCCCCCCAACCCCCCAGCCACCCUGCUCCAGGCUGGGGAACCGGACUUGUUUGGGAUUUAGGGGAUACAUCAGGGGAGGGAGUCACCCUGCCCGAGGAUGUUUUCCUGUUUUGGUUAUGAAGUACAGCCCAUGCUGAGAAGACAUGGAGGAGGAGGAUCUUUUGCUACAUCCUCUUUGAGUCUCAUUGUAAAUAAAGCCUCUACGUUCAAUGUCA